AAUUCAGCCAAAUCCGUUGCAGGCAUGUGGACAGCAAACCCAUUGGGGCGUUUAGGAAAUCUGAUGAUGGAAUAUGCAACCCUCUAUGCUCUUGCAAAGCUAAAUGGUCACCAAGCUUACCUUGUUCCUAAAAUGCACGAGCAGCUAUCACAAAUGUUCAGAAUCACCCUGCCUGUGUUGCACAGUGAGGUUGCUCAAAGGAUAAAGUGGAAGGUCGUCGGGAUUCAUCACUGGAUGCACCCAGAGUAUAAACACAUCCAAGGAGAUUAUGUUAAACUCAGUGGCUACCCUUGCUCAUGGACUUUCUUCCAUCACAUCCAGGAGGAGAUUCUCCGGGAAUUCACGUUCCAUGACUUUAUUGCAGCGGAGACCAAUGCCUACCUCUACAAAGUACAGGGAGAUAGGAAAAAUGUCACCUUCAUUGGCGUUCAUGUCCGCAGGGGAGACUAUGUUAAGAUUAUGCCUGGCAGAUUAGCGGUCGUCGGUGACGAGGCCUACUUCAAAAAGGCCAUGGACUACUUCAGAGCAAAGUAUGAAAACCCUUUCUUUAUUAUAACCAGUAAUGGCAUGGAUUGGUGCAAGGAGAAUAUUGAUAAUUCCACUGGGGAUGUUCACUUUGCUGGAGAUGGGAAAGAAGGUUCCCCUAUCAGAGACUUUUCCCUUCUUGCUCACUGUAACCACACUAUUAUGAGCAUAGGGACAUUUGGCUUCUGGGCAGGAUACUUGGUGGGAGGAGAGACAGUUUAUCUUGCAAAUUUCAGUUUACCAGAAUCACAUUCUUACAAAACAUUCAAGUUUGAAAAUUUUUAUCUUCCUGACUGGAUUGGGAUUCCUGCAGACCUGUCUUCUCUCAGAAAAAAGACACCAUAA